AUGAAUCUCGAGGAUUUGGAUGAUGAGAAUGAUCUCUUUAACUCUAUAUUAAGGAUUGAAGACAACAUUUCGAGAAGAAAAACAGCUGCUUCUCAUCUUCGUUUAUCAAACCUCAUUUCCUCCGAUUUUCAAAACGAUAACACUGAUCCCUACUCUGAUUUACAUCAUGAAUACGAAGAGGAGACAAUGAGGGUGGACAGAAGAGAGAGAAAUAAUGUAUUUCAAGCCUUUUUGGAGAAGAGAGAAAAAAAGCAACAAAACAAUCAACAACCUUCCCCUCCUUCUCCGAGAUUUAAAAAUUACAAUUGUAAUGAUGAUUCCUUCCCAAAUAACUUGGAAUAUGAUAGACUGUUUUCAAAUGUUAACAAGCCAUCAAGAGUGGAGGAUUCUUUUAUUGCAGAGUCUGAAAACUUUUUGGAGGAAAUUAGUAAUUUGCAAAAGAUGACCCUUGAUCCUAAAACUGUAGAUAAGCGUAAACAAACAGUGAGUAAGCUAAGCGAUUUCAAGAGGAAAAUCCCCCAAAAACCGGAUGAACAGGUUUCAUCAAAAUCAACUCAACAGUCAAACAAUAUUUCAUCGAUAAGAACUUCUAUCAACUUACGCCCAACGUUGGAGCAUCAUUUCGAUACCUUGAUACCGAAACAAACUUCUUAUAUUGAUAACGAAAAUGAUUCUCAUGACAUGUCUUUCAAAAAACAAUUAGAAGAGAGAAUUAAAUUAAGGAACGAGAACCAUAGACUUGGACUUAAGCGAGAGGAUCCAAAUCGCCCAACCCAGUCCAAGAAUGUGAUGAAACCAGAUGAUCUGAGGAAAUUAAUCACUUCUGUUAAAAAGAAGGGUGCAACAAAGGAAACUUCUUCCAGAGCGUUUUGUUUAGCCGGACUAAUGGACGAUGUUGAAAAAAACCAAAAUGUGUACAAUAGCGAUGUCAAAAAACUACAAACAUCAGCAGAUUUCUCUUCAACUAAGAAAUUUUCAAAAUCAAUGCUUCAGACCAAUAAGAGUAUCGAUACUAAGGCAACUAACCCCAUCCUAAACCGAUCUGCCAGUGCUAAGAAGGUGAGAUUCAAUUCAUCAAAUGCUGAAAACAGGAGCAAGUCUCUCUCCAAAAAAGACUCUGCAAACACUGCUCAAUCUCAAUUGAAAAAAAAUUUAGGACUCAUCAAUGAUUCUGUAUUUACAAUAUCCAAUGUUGGAAGUUACAAGAAACCUGCUGUGACAACUAGUCAAAGUAACAAUGUACAACAACAACCUUCAACAUCCUCAUUCAGAGACUUGUUAGCUCAAAGAAAAGGUGUUACUCUCCCGAAAGAGAAAUCAAAUAUUGAGAAGAGGCCUCCAGCCACAACAUUAUCUUCAAGGCCACAAACUAGCUUGAACAAUUCUAAACUACGUGGUGAUUCUCAACCAAAAAUGUCAAAACCAACGAAGGCAGUAGAAAAAGUGCCUUCACUUCUUCGUGACAAUAGUAGUUCAACUUAUUUCUCCUCAAUAGAGAAUAAGAAUAGAAGUCACAACACGUCCAAACCAUCUCUGCGACCAAGUGAACCUAAAAUUGAAAAAAUAACAAAAACAGCCCCACAAUUCGAUCUUUUUGAAGAGGAGAGUGAUGAAGAUGACGAUUUUUUAGAAGCCAAGAGGCUAAUGCAAAGGAUUAGCACGCUUAGGAAUUUUAUAGGGGGAGACUCUAAAAACAAUAAAUAA